AUGCCGGGCUUCAACACCCGCUGGAUGCCCCUCAUCACCUACGCCGAGAUGAGUGGCUGCCGUAUAGAGAAGGGGGUGACUCUGCGUCUGCAUCCUUCUUUGAGGGGCUGCGGCGAGCUCAGCGAUUUGUCUCCAAAACGACGCAGCAGUGUGCUGAGAGGAGAAGCAGUGUCUCCUUCUGAACCUGCAACAAAAGCAGGUUUAUACUGGGGCUUUCAAGUGCGGGCAGCAUCAUCUCUUCGGGAGGUGUUUAGAGGGCAUGCAUUAGGAGACAGACAAAAAGAUAAAGAUAAAGAUAAAGGUAAAGAUAAAGGUAAAGGUAAAGAUAAAGAUAAAGAUAGAGAAGACGCCUCUGCGCUGUAUGACUGCCUCAUCGGUACAUCUGAGCGAGGAGUCUCCUUAGAGACAGUUGCGCACACCUUGCAGCACGGCACCUACAAACAUAUGCUAGUUGUGUUCGGGGGCCUCAACGGUUUGGAAGCUGUCUUGCGAGAUAGUCACUGGGGUGUAUCUGCAGCAGCAGCACGUGCUGCAGUGCAGCACAGUGCUGCUGCUGCUAGUGCUACUGCUGCUUCCCCUGCUGCUGCUGCUGGUAGUGCUGCUGCUGCUGCUGCUCCUGCAGACCUUCGUAGAGCGUUGAGAGCGCUCAGACGUCAGGGGGCCCCUGGGGGCCCCCUGACGUCUUUAGUAGAAGGUAAAAGUAAAGAAAUACCUGCUGCUUGUCUGUUUGAUUAUUUUAUUAACACCUGUCCUCUUCAAGCUUCGCGCACAAUCAGAACAGAAGAAGCAGUCUGGUUGUCGCUUGCUGCUCUAAGACAUACAGGCAUACACUCCAGGGGCCCCCCCACAGCAGCAGCAGCAGCAGCACCAGCACCAGCAGCAGCAGCAGCAGCAGAAGCAGCAGCAGCAGCAGAUGGGGGACCUUUAAAUGAUUGUCAAAGAGAGGAUGCAAGUGAAGUGCAGCAAAAGAAGAGGAAGCCGCACCUCCCGCCUUUGCUGCGAGUUAUAGAAGCAUUAGAGAGGCAGAGCAUUGAAUAA